AUGAACAACUCGCAGUUUCGCAAGUUAGUUAACGAAAAUUAUGCUCCGAAAUCUGGCUCACCCGUGCGGCGGGGACCAAGUUUGAUCGUGCAAGAUGAGAAUAGGUCUUCAACACUGGGCUCACGAGCUCGAAACUCGUUUCCCAUGACACCAAGAUCAGUCGCUGACUCAAGUUAUUCUACAAUAAUUAGCCGUCAGAGUUUACAAAGGCAAAAAUCACCAGUUAAUAAAAAGUUUCGCUCUUCGGAAGCACCCAAGGGUAGCAAAUUACCCGAGGGCUACGUUGACAGAACUAAAUCGCGAGUAAAUAAUAAUGAACAUGAAUCUAUAAAUGAUAAGGCCGAGCGCGUCAAAUCUCUCGAGGAGGUUAUGAAACUAGGCCAAAUCGACGAGCUAACGUUUGUUAAGCUCCGAGACGAAAUUUUAGGCGAUGAAAUUGGUAUGGAAAGAGCAGGCUUAGUUAAGGGAUUAGACUGGGGACUACUGAAAAAAGUGAAGAUGGGAGAGGUUGACGCGCAGGAUGUCAUAACCAAAUCGGGUUUGAACAAAUCAGAAGAUCGUGAGCAGAAAAUUGAUGAUGGUUUUGACGAGCUUGAAGCGAAACAAAUCCAACCCCUCAUCCAUAAAUCGUCUACAAAGAAAGGCGUAAUGGCUCCAUCACUAUUGACAGGAAAGAGGAAUCGUAACCAAAUACUAGCCGAACUUAAGGCUUCCAGGGAAUCUACACUCCAAGCUACCACAUCUAGACUUGGAUGUAGAUUUAAAAGGGUAGGAGAGCCACGACCAAAGACAAAGAUCGAAAAAGAUAGGAAGGGGCGAGAUGUUAUGAUUAGCAUUGACGAAAAUGGGAACGAAAAAAGAAAAGUCCGCCGAACACAGAAAGAAGUAGCUGAAAACGAAAGGAGUACUGAUCUCCUGAUGCCAGAUAAAAGUGUGAAACCCCUAGGAAUGGAAGUGCCCGAGAUACCACAAAAUAUGCAGUCGGAAGAAUGCUUGGAUAUUUUUGAGGAUGUCGGAGAUGAUUAUUCUCCUCUCGCAGAACUAGAUGGAGAUGAUGAAAGCGAUACUGAAGAAAUUGGGACACAGAUAUAUCCAAAUGCAGAUGCCACCAAAACUCAGGCUGAGGACUCUAAAGUCCAGCCUUCGAAUGAAACUCUAACUCCUCAAGCUAUAGUGCGAGACUACUUCAAAGCCACCAAUAUGGAGAUAGUACCAGCCGACAAAACUAGUGCUUACAAGACCCCGGGGCUUCUUGAUCCAACAAUUCUUGCGACACUCCAAAAAGCAUCGAAAAUAAGCUUAAGAGUUGCUAUUGAUGGCAAUGAUGAAGAUGAGGCCAAAAAAGUUUCUGCUCUCCGCGAGAAAGAAGAACGCCACAAACGUAUGCUUAUGCAAGAUGAUCGUGAUGACCAGGAUAUAGAUAUGGGUUUCGGGAGCAGCCGGCUAGAGGACGAAGCAGAUGCAUGCGAAACCGAAGUCCAGCUAUCAAAAUGGAGUGAAGAUGAUGUUCUCGAUGGUUCGAAUACUGACAAUAGAAAGAAGAGAAAGAGGAGGUCGAAAAAAAUGAAUUCCGCUGUCAAAAAUUAA